UCGCCGCAUUUACCAUCACAUUCUGUCUUUGGGAAAACAGAAAGGGCGGGUCAAGACGCACCCGCCCAAUUCGUCCAUCUCUCGCACGCCCCAAUCACACAUAGCCACGUCUCACCUUCUAUGCUGUAAAGCCCCAUACACAAGUCCCUCGGUCGUACAAGCUCUCUCCCUCUCUCACCAAACCCUCGUUCGCUCCCACACACUCCGUCGGAGACCCCCCACAAACAGCCGUUGAGCUCGCUGGAACCUAAAUUAAUCAUGGACCCGAGUUCUGAGCCCUAGAAGUGAGCGAUUGGAGCUCUUUGCACCUUCCCAUCUGGUUAUAUGCAUUCUUAGAGUAUCUUAAGCUGACAGACCGAAAGAGAGAGAGAGAGAGAGAGAGAGAGAUACACACAUAUAUAUAUUUACAGGAUGUACGCGGUGCCUCCACCACAGGGCUCCGAUCCGGGAUCCGGAUCCACCGAUGUUCGCCUUUACCAAGCUUGGAAAGGCAGCAAUAUAUUUUUCCUUCAGGGAAGGUUCAUAUUUGGACCUGAUGUAAGAUCGCUGGGAUUGACCAUAUUCCUUAUUGUUGCUCCUGUCGCAGUCUUCUGUGUCUUUGUUGCCAGAAAACUGAUGAAUGAUUUUUCACAUCACUUGGGGAUAUCAAUAAUGGUUAUUGCUGUUGUGUUCACAGUAUAUGUAUUAGUUCUUCUUCUGCUGACCUCUGGAAGAGAUCCUGGUAUAAUUCCGCGUAAUGCACACCCUCCAGAGCCAGAAGGCUUUGAUGGGAGUGUAGAAGCUGGGGCUGGCCAAACUCCACAGUUACGCUUGCCUCGCAUUAAGGAAGUAGUGGUCAAUGGUGUCAUUGUAAAGAUUAAAUACUGUGAUACCUGCAUGCUUUAUAGACCUCCUCGCUGCUCGCACUGUUCAAUUUGCAAUAACUGCGUGGAGCGAUUUGACCACCACUGCCCCUGGGUUGGGCAGUGUAUUGGGCUGCGGAAUUAUCGAUUCUUCUUCAUGUUUGUCUUCUCGACAACCCUUCUUUGUAUAUAUGUCUUUGCAUUCUGCUGGGUCUACAUAAGAAGGAUCAUGGGAGGAGAACAGACCACAAUUUGGAAAGCGAUGGUCAAAACACCAGCAUCCAUUGUGCUAAUAGCUUACACUUUCAUAUCCAUGUGGUUUGUUGGUGGUCUUACUUCUUUCCAUUUAUAUCUCAUCAGCACAAAUCAGACUACUUAUGAAAAUUUCAGAUAUCGAUAUGAUCGGCGAGCUAAUCCCUAUAACAAAGGCGUGGUUGAAAAUUUCACGGAACUAUUUUGCACCAGCAUUCCCUCAUCAAAGAACAAUUUCAGGGUUAAGGUACCAAGGGAACCCGGGUUACCUAAUAGGUCAGUGGGUGGGGGUUUUAUGAGUCCAAACAUGGGGAAAGCUGUGGACAUAGAAAUGGGCAGGAAAACAGUGUGGGGAGACAUGGGUGCUGGGGCGGGUCAUUGUGAAGGGCAACUUGACAACAAUGAUCGGCCGAAUGUAAAGGAUGGCGAAUUAGGCGAAAUUACUCCAGAUUUAAAAAUGAUGGUAGAGGGAGCAGGGGAGCAUGCUGCAAUACAUCCCAGGCGUUCCAGCUGGGGAAGGAAAAGUGGAAGCUGGGAAAUGUCACCUGAAGUUCUUGCUUUGGCCGCUAGAGUUGGGGAACCAAACCGUAAUGGUGGAUAGCAGCAAUGGCUUGACACUGAGAACUGAAAAUUCGUAGCGGAUUGGGUGAUGAAUGACUGGAAUUGGGAACUAAACUGGAUAUGAUUUGGUUGGUAUGGAGUGGGUGAGUUGAGAUUUCCACGAUUGAUCACUGAAGAUUAAUGUGCAGUACGGGUGGGGAACUUGCUUUGAUAUGUUGUGUUUUGUGUGGUGGGGGGUUCUAAUUUGGUUUGGCCUUUGUGAUCUUAGGAAGGAAUGUUAAUGGUGUGUUGUUGGUAUGAGUGAGCCUUCAUGAUAUGUCAGCAUUUGUGGAAUUAGUUAGCAUCUAACCAUACUGCAUUUGUGGAA